UGAUCCAGCAGCCCCUCCACAGACAGACAAGAUGGACGCGGGGUUUUUCCGCGGAACAAGCGCAGAACAGGACAACCGUUUCAGCAACAAACAGAAGAAGCUCCUAAAGCAAUUGAAAUUUGCAGAAUGUCUUGAGAAAAAGGUGGACAUGAAUAAAGUGAACCUAGAAGUGAUCAAACCGUGGAUUACACAGAGAGUGACAGAAAUGCUUGGGUUCGAGGAUGAUGUUGUUAUUGAGUUCAUCUUCAACCAUCUUGAAGAGAAGAACCCAGACGCAAAGCUGAUGCAGAUUAAUUUGACGGGGUUCUUGAAUGGAAAGAAUGCACGAAUGUUCAUGGGGGAGCUUUGGCCACUGCUCUUGAGUGCACAAGAAAACAUCGCAGGAAUUCCCUCUGCUUUUUUAGAACAAAAGAAAGAAGAAAUCAAGCAGAGACAGAUAGAACAGGAAAAGCUGGCUACCAUGAAGAAACAAGAUGAAGAGAAGGAAAAAAAAGAUAAGGAAGACAAAGAAAAUAGGGAAAAGAGAGACCGUUCCAGAAGUCCAAAGAGGCGUAAGUCAAGAUCUCCAUCACCUAGGAGACGGUCCCCAGCAAGGAAGGAAAGAAAACAUUCUCUCUCUAAGUCUCCUCGUCGUAGGACUAGAAGUCGGAGCAGAAGUGCUUCUCCAGUGACUAAUAUUAAGAAACCUGAACAACUAUCGCCUGAACCAGAUCUUUCACUAAAAGAAAGGAAAGAAUCUCCUGCUCCAGAAGCAACUUCAACAAGUGACAUUCUGAAGGAAAUUAAACCUGUGAUACCAGAGGUGAAGGAAAUUUUAUUAGAACAGCCAACGAAAAAGGAGAAGGAAAGAAAAGACCGGAAUCGACAUCGGUCACGGUCACGGUCAAAAUCGAAGUCUAGGUCCCAUUCACGUUCUCAUUCACGGCCGAGGAGGCGUCCCAGAUCCCGAUCUAGGUCCUAUUCACCUCGAAGAUGGCCCAGUCCAAGGCGGAGGUCUCCUCCUCCUCCUCGAAGGAGGAGUCCACCAAGACGUCUGCCACCACCACCCCCUCCAUCCAGACAUCGAAGGAGUCGGUCACCUAUUAGAAGGCGCCGAUCUCCUUCAAUUUCUUCCUCUGGCAGUAGUUCCUCUUCCUCUUCCAGAUCGAGGUCACCUCCAAAGAAAACAAAGCGCAUAUCAGUCAGUCCACCCCGAAAACCUCGCCGUUCUUCUCCAUCUCCUGCAACUCCACCUAGGAGGCGGCAUAGGUCACCAGUGUCUGCAGCAAGUCCAAGUCAUAAAGGACCACGAUUGUCAUCUCCUCCACAUAUGAAUCGUUCAAGGAAAGGUUAUACUUCUGUAUCUCCUGCAAGGCCAGCACCAAAACGGAAAGGGAGUGUGAAGCAUGAAUCUGUCUCUCCACCUCCUAAGCCAAGACGAUCCGAACCAUCAGACUCUGAAGAUGAUAAAGGAGGUAAAACUACAGGAGUGGAAUCAGUACAGCAGAGACGCCAGUACCGCAAACAGAACCAACAGACCUCUUCAGAGUCUGGAUCAUCUUCUUCAUCUGAAGAUGAAGCACCAAAACGGUCAAGUGCAAAGAAUGGUGAAGUUCGAAGAAGGCGCCAGCGUUCAUUGUCACGGAGUCUAUCCCCACCACCUGCAAUGCGAAAAAGGCACAAGGACUUUUCACCCAGGAUGCCGCUUGGAAAGAGGUGGCACUUCCCAGUGGCGAAAAGGAGAAGGAGAAGCCCAUCGCCACCUCCCAGGCGCAGACGAACUCCAUCUCCUCCUCCUCGAAGGCGCAGGUCACCAUCUCCAUUGAGGCGCAGAUCUCCAUCUCCUCCUCCACGUAGGCGCUCAGCCUCACCUAGGCGUUAUUCACCUCCAAUUCAGAGGAGAUAUACUCCAUCACCACCACCUAGAAGGAGGGGAUCCCCAUCACCAGCUCCAAAACGUCGUAGUUCACCUUCUCCUUCUUCCAGACGUAGGAGAGGAUCACCACAGAGUCGUUCUAACAGAGAUGUCCGCUCUCCACCACACAAACGCCAUUCACCAUCUCCACGAUUAAGGGUGAUGCGUGGAUCUAUUAGUCCACCACCAGCACGUAGAGUGUCCGUAUCACCGCCUCCACCACAACGUCGUCAUAUGUCGCCAUCUCCUAGUAAUAGGCCAAUUCGGCGAGUUUCACGGACCCCGGAGCCUAAGAAACCUAAAAAGAUCUCACCAAGUCCAGUAGCUGUAAGAAGAGCUUCUUCAUCCAGAUCCAUAUCAAGAUCACCAGAACCUCUUCCUAAGAAGAGGCCAGUUGCGUCAGUCUCCAGGUCACAGUCUGUCAGCAGGUCACCGACUCCUGUCCCCCCACCACCACAAAACAAAAAGACAAAGGCUGCUUCAAUUAGUCCAUCUCCUGUGAAGAUCUCUGAUCAGGAAACAGGAGGAAAGAAGAAGAAAAAGAAGAAAGAUAAGAAACACAAGAAGGACAAAAAGCACAAAAAACACAAGAAGCAUAAGAAAGAAAAGGCUGCAGUGGCAACAGCAGUGGUGGAACAGCCAGUAGAGCCAGUUGAAGCUCCAGUGAAAUCACCCCAGCCAGAAGUUUCAGAACCUGUAAAGGAAUCGGAAAGUGAGGAGGAAAACUUAGAUGACCUUGAAAAGCAUCUCCGAGAGAAGGCUCUGCGAUCAAUGAGAAAGGCUCAAGCUUCACCACCAUCAUGAAGGAGAGUACAGAAUAUAUUUAACUUGAGCUGACUGGAUUAGGCACAAGGGCUUUGUACAUUUUAAAAUUGACUGCUAGAAGAAUGCCAGUAUAAUGACAUAGCUGUCAUGCCACCCAUGAACACUGACACUGCGUCUUACUUAUACCAGAAAUAAUUUUUCAUAAAGUCAAAUUGAAAUGUUUUAUUACCAAUUUAGACAAAAUUCCUACAUGGCUUUCAUUUUUGCAACAACAUCUCAUUUUAAAUGCAAUAAUACUUGAAGAGCCAUUGGUCUUGAUGGUUUGAUGGUUGGUUUUAAUCCUGGAGCUGUACUUUGCUUAUCCUCAUCCACCAUGACUGGCUGAGAUUCAUUCUUUCCUAUCUGACCUUAAACAGCUCUGUUCCACAGUUGUUUUCAUUUCCUCCAUCAGCUCAACCAACUUACAUGCAUGAACAGAAUGAUGGAAGUUUUAGGGAAGUCUGUAACUCAGAAUUUCCUAACUCCUUUCGAAUGGUGUGUUUGACAGUGAGAAAUCUUUUGUGGGAAACUGGUUUUGAUAAAAUCAAAUUUAUAUGGGAUAAGUUGUGAUUUUGGAUUGAACCAGUUUUCAAAUGCAGCCAUAAGGUAUGCUGGAUUUGCACUCAAUUGAGUUUAUGCUGUUUGUGAUGAAACAUUUAAUGUAUUGGAACCAUUUUCUUUGUUUGCAGUUUUUGUCUUGGCUGUCAUUAAGUAAUGGUAUUAUGUGACAUCUUUUAUGUAACUGUACAAAUCCUUUGUGUUUAAUCCACCGAUACAAUCUGUAGUGUAGUUUCUGCAGAGUUUGAGUUUUAUUUGAGCCGUUUGAUUGUCCACGACAUUCUUUAUAAAGAGCUUCAGGUGAAAAUGCGCUGUAUUUAGAACACUGGAAGUCUCUUUUUUAAAAAAAAAGAAAAUUGUUAUAGGAAGAGGAUGGUACUACCAGGAUCUGAAGGAUUUUAAGAUUCCCUGGUUGACAGUAGCUAUGGAUUGUAUUUUCCUUUGUGUAACAGGCUGGCUUCACCCAAACUGUUAAUGUCUUCUACUGUUACGGUUGUUCUGGGAGUAAAAAAAACAAACCUGUUUAGAUGCUGUUCUUUUGUGGGAGCUUAACAAAAUCUGUAAUGAAUAUUUUGAAUUUGUCAUCUUUUGACUUAAAAGGGUUUUUUUAUAAACGUUGAAUUAUAAAGCUGUAAAAAGCUGAAGUAAUAAAUGGAAAUUAAAUUUCUAAAUUGAAUUUUCUUCCCUUGGGGCUUUUUUUCCCGAACAGGAAGUAGUCACAGCUUUUAUUAAUAUAGCAUCCAACUAUAUCUUUAAUAGAUUGUAUUGUUUUGGUCAAAAUUGGUUACAGCAAAAAAUGGGAACAGAAUACAAGCUAUGACCUUUAUUUAAAUGCAAAUGUGUAAAUUUUUGUAUAGAGGCUUGGGACAUAAGUUGAAAAAGGUACAGACUAACUUGAGAACAGAAUGGAACAGAAAUUUGAAAUGCAUUUGAUAAGUAGCUAAAAAUCAAUUACCUGUAGUACUAACACUGGCAUUGUUUUGCUACAAAUGUGCAGUAAAGGAUGUUGAAUGUAGAUGUUAGAUGCAGUACAGAGCUAAGUUAAACCAGAGCACCAGAAACAGUAGCAUUUGCCACAGCAAGGUGUAUAGUCAUACUAAACAAAUAAAAAUACUUAAAUACUCAUUCUA